AUGUCCCAGUUGCGUGUACUACAAUCAAAAAGACCAGUUGUAACGGUCGAAUACGACCUCACAAUGAAACUCUCUUCUUUUCGACUAAACGCAAUUAUUCCACAGUUCGUCAUCCUGUCGACCCUCCUCCUCGUAGCAGUGGCUAACGCGGGCGUCCUGCCGUUCGCCUACCAAACCCAUGCCCUGGUUGACCCCGAGCACAACCCACACCCGCAGUACAGCUACAGCUACGGUGUCCACGACUCCCUGACCGGGGACAUCAAGAGCCAACACGAGACCCGCGACGGGGACGUUGUCCAGGGCAGCUACUCGCUCGUCGAAGCUGAUGGCACUCGCCGAAUCGUAGAUUACACUGCCGACGACGUCAAUGGGUUCAACGCCGUGGUGCACAAGGAGCCCGCCGUUCACCCUGCCCCCGUCGUUGCCUAUCCGGCCCAACCUCUGGCCCAUUACCAACAGUACCAGCCGGCAGCGUACUACACCCAUCACGAGCCUCUGGCCGCAUAUGCUUAUCACCACUAGUUGCUGAGCCAUGGAGGGGGUGUGAAAAGGAGUGUGUGUGUGUGUGAGUGCUCGUGCAUUGUUGUACAUCACAUAGCAGUGAGUUGGAACGACUAGCGCGA